GUCGCGUUUACACUAUGCCCAACCCCAGUUACACAAGUUGUUGCUGCAACUAUAAAUAUUAUUACUUCAAUCGCUACUGCCCGUACUUCCCGUAUUACUAUUACUCCCCCAGGCCAUACUAUUACCAUCACAACUAUCCGACAUGUAGACUUAUAGAUCCAUCUCAACAUGCCUGCUGUAAUGGCAAUGUAUUUAAUAAGUUUGGGCCGUACGACAGAUGCUGUAACACUGCACGUUACGAUAGAAGAUAUUACAUAUGCUGCAAUGGACAAGUGAGAAAGAGAGUGAGCCCAACGACAACAACAUGCUGUGGAACAGAGCCAUAUAACUACCGUGAAAACACAUGUUGUUACAACAAGGUUCUACGAAUAACAGAUGCCAAACGCUCGUGUUGUGGAUAUGAACUUUACAACUACAAGACACACAAGUGCUGUAAUGGCAUUGUGGUCCCCGGUAGAAACAAUCAUAUAUGCUGCGGGAAUAGGGCGUGGGACGGCACGCUGUAUGGAUGUUGUGGCAAUGAACCGUUUUACAAGCCACGGUGGAGUUGCUGUAAUGGAAAGAAGGUCAAAGGUGGAGGCAAUGAUGCAAGGUGCUGUGGACUGAAGACGUAUAACAGAAACACACAUUUGUGUUGCUGUAGAUGUGUUCAUCCGAAACAGUCCUCGUAUCAGAGGUGUUGCUGGUCCCGCUCAUAUGACAGGCGAAAUCAGAAGUGUUGCCGGAACACUAAAACAGUUGUUCCAUCAAAUCAAAUGUGUAUUGCCGGGAGUUAA